UAAUCUACGUACAUUUUUCAUACUUUAAAAUGCAUUUAAUAUCAAUUAUUUUGUGUGCUUUUUUUAUUUUCAAUUCUUUUGUUGAAAGUGUUCGGGAAGAACGUUCUAAAAGUCUUGACCAAAAAGUACAACAGUUGAAUGAUUUGUAUCAAAAGAAAUAUGUGGUUAAAUUUAAUGGUCCAAAAUUCAAGGAAUUUGUAAAAUCUCCACCAAGAAACUAUUCAGUCAUUAUAAUGUUCACAGCAAUGGCAUCUCACAGGCAGUGUUCAAUAUGCGGGCAUGCAAGUGAUGAAUUUAUGAUUGUGGCAAAUUCUUAUCGUUAUUCUCAUAGACCAAGUGAAAAUCCUUUAUAUUUUGGAAUUGUUGACUUUGAUGAGGGAUCAGACAUUUUUCAAUUGUUGAAAAUUAAUACUGCUCCAGUUUUUAUGCAUUUCCCACCAAAAGGUAAAUCAAAACCUUUAGAUACUAUGGAUAUACAAAGAGUAGGGUUUGCUUCAGAAAUGAUUGCAAAAUGGAUACAAGAAAGAACUGACAUACAAAUAAGAAUAUUCCGUCCACCUAAUUAUUCAAGUACAUUGGCUUUAUCUAUCUUAUUUGCAAUAUGUUCAUCAUUUUUGUAUGUCAGACGAAAUAAUAUGGAGAUGUUUUUUAAUAAAAAUUUAUGGGGAAUUGGUGCUGUGUUAUUCUGUUUAACUAUGAUAUCUGGACAAAUGUGGAAUCACAUAAGAGGACCACCAUUAAUGCAUCGUAAUCAACAAGGAAGUAUUACAUAUAUACACAACUCUUCUCAAGGACAGUUUAUUGUGGAAACUUAUAUCAUAAUCAUAUUAAAUACAAUACUGGUUUUUGGAACUGUGAUAAUGACUGAUUCUUACACUAAGAAAACAGAUUCAAAAACACGUAAAAUUAUGACUGUAGGUGGUUUAGCAUUGGUAGUAUUUUUAUUUAGUGUUAUUCUCUCUAUAUUCAAAUCAAAAGCACAUGGAUAUCCUUACAGCUUUUUGAUAAAAUAAUGAAGAUGUAAAAUGAACAUCUAC